AUGAAGCUCAUAAACGGGAGGGUACAUCUUGCAUUACUCGGAUUAUGUUCUAUAUCAUACUAUAUUGAAGUACGAGCUAUAGCACAUGUUUGCAUAGCGGAUCGAAUAAAUAACGGGGAUCCUUUAUUUUUACUGUUUACACAUAUUCUACCAUGGUUGCUAUUGUAUCCAAUAGCUCUGGUAUACUACCGUUUGAAGGACGAUAUUCCGUUUGCCGAGUCCCUAAGAAACACAAAACAGACUUGUACGAUGGGCGAUGCAGCAAGUAAUCAACGCUUCCAGAGUAUUAAUUCAGUGCUGAAACUUGUUACUUUAUCGACGCUACUAAUUAUAUCCAUGUACUCAUUCAUGACUGCUUUGAGUAUAGCACCAGUGUUUGAUGUGGCGAUAAUUCACAAUACGUCAAUGUUGGAGAUAAUUGUGUUGUUUGCUACAGUUGCAGGUGUUGCUACAAAUAAUAUGCGCUCACUAGCGAAGAGAUUCAUUAGUAUCUUCAAUGCUCUUAUUGGAAUCGUUCUUGUUGCAUAUUUUAAUGCUUCCAGUGAUUUACUCUCAGGGAAAUUCAGCAUUAAUCCAUCCACUGGCGAGUCCAGCGACCCGUUUUUAUUUGAUAGAUUAAAGGCUUCGCUUAUUUGUGGACUCGGAAGUCUUUUUAUUGGGCCAUACGUCUUCCUCUUGGAGAGGUGGUGUAUUAAUACUAGCCGGCAGAUUACCGGAAGUGGUCGUUGGUUGAAAAUGUACGCAUGGUUCAGUGCAAUCGGUUUAACCUCAAUUUUAAUGUUAUCAGUUGUUUCCCUCUACUCAGGUGGUUUCAAAUAUAUGUUUCAUAUGUGCGGCUCAAUAACCCGGUCACCAUGGUUUUUAUUGUCUAUGAUUUGUGGUAAACUUCCAACAGUUAUGGGUUCUGCGCAUUUAAUAAUGUCGGAUUCAAUCGAAUCUUUAACGCUGCUACCGAUUUUACGAAUCAUAGUUGUAUGGUUAGGCCAGUGGUGCAUAGAAGCUGAGAAUCGCAUAUUAACAUUAGGUGAGGUAGUUGGUUUUUUAAUGUUGGUGAUAAGUUUUGUUAUCAUGUUCAUUUCUCAUUCGAGAAAAGGUUAA